AUGAGUGACUCACAAACUUAUGAGGGUUACAAUUUUGAGGUUUCAGGUUCUACCAGACCAACUAGGCCUACAGUCGCUACAACAGAAGAACCAAACACAGCUACCACACAAGCAGCUCCCGUUACAACUGAACAUCUCGUCACCACCGGUCCUACCAGACCAACUAGGCCUACAGUCGCUACAACAGAAGAACCAAACACAGCUACCACACAAGCAGCUCCCGUUACAACUGAACACCUCGUCACCACCGGUCCUACCAGACCAGCUAGGCCUACAGACGCUACAACAGAAGAACCAAUUCAGGCAAACACAGCUACCACACAAGCAGCUCCCGUUACAACUGAACAUCUCGUUACCACAGCUCCUACCAGACCAGCUAGGCCUACAGUCGCUACAACAGAAGAACCAAACACAGCUACCACACAAGCAGGUCCCGUUACAACUGAACACCUCGUCACCACAGGUCCUAUCAGACCAGCUAGGCCUACAGACGCUACAACAGAAGAACCAAUUCAGGCAAACACAGCUACCACACAAGCAGCUCCCGUUACAACUGAACAUCUCGUUACCACAGCUCCUACCAGACCAGCUAGGCCUACAGUCGCUACAACAGAAGAACCAAACACAGCUACCACACAAGCAGGUCCCGUUACAACUGAACACCUCGUCACCACAGGUCCUACCAGACCAGCUAGGCCUACAGUCGCUACAACAGAAAAACUUCAAGCAAAUGUAACGACCGCACAGACAGCACUGCUCACAACUGACGUCCCAGUUUCAACCAGGCCUGUAGCAACCACUACAACUGAAGAGAUAGCAUCAAUUCAGGCUGACUCCGACACCACAGAUGCUCCUACUGAAGGUACCACAGAACUCAUAAACAAUUACUCAUAA